CCCCAACCUCUUUAAAUUUACCAUGGACGCCCCUCCUUCUCCUCCUUUGCAAGUUCCCCCUAGCUCCCACAACGACGCCGUUGAUUCAUCCAAUCCAAUGGCUCAAAUUUCCACUGCAUCAUCAAUGUCCGAAGCCAUCAACGGCUCAGAACCCACCAAUCGAAACACAGAAGGGAAAAAGAAGAAAAAGCAGAACCACCAUUCAGAGGCCUCUUCAGAAUCGCCGUCUUCGUGGGCUUCCUCCAGUGGGUUCCGGUCCACGGCGUCCUUGUCACACUCUUCAGCACAAAAAAGAGGGAUUAGGCUCUUUGGUCGGCGCCCAAACCCUAAAAUAUUUUCCGGGCCGGGCCGGGCCAAGCCGGGGGAUGACGGUGCGCUCGCUCUUCCUCUUGGCAUGUCCAUUGCAGCUAUUGUUGCUCAGGUUUUGAAAAGAAAAGAUACAACAGAUGAACAUAAAUUUGUGGAUCAUCUAUCUCAGAUAUGCGCUGCAGCAGUCAGAGAAUCUUUAGUUAAUGUUUAUGGAGAUAAUUUUGAUUGUUUUGUGGAGAAUUUUGAGAAAUCAUUCAGGAGCACCUUGAUGACUUUGCAUGUAAUCAAUAAAUCUACUAAAGCUAAAGGAACAGAUAAGGGAAAAGCUGAGAUAUGCUCGUCCGAAGUCAUGACAGUCUCUUCUGCCAACAGAGCUGGCAAUUGUGGAUGUGAUUUGGGAGUCAAAGAAUGCCUUUCAGAUCCACUUCUUGCUGCCGGCAGUCAUGAACAACCAAACAUUCAUGAAGAGAUAGCAGAAAAUACAACGAUUGAUCCAAGGAAUAACAGUCUUACUGUGCAUGAUCAACAAAUAACGCAGAAUAUGGCCUUCAUCACUCCAAGCAGAAGCUCAAGUGGUUAUAAUAGCCAAUCAGUUCUUAGCACCUUCGAGAAAUCCAUUAUUGAGCAAGUUCGAUCUAAUGAUCUCAAGGAAUUUGAGAUGGGACUUACUGUGAAAAAAUUGCAACUUAAGGAAAGACAACUAGCUCUCAGUUCUCAUGCAAACUUUUUAGAAAGGUCUAAAUUGGCAUUUGGCUUUUCUAAGGCUUCCUUCAAGGUUGAAAAGUUCAAAACUCAGUUAGGAGAUGUAAGACAUGCUGAGCUGCUUAGAAAGUGCAUAGACUGUCUUGUUGUUGGUCUCUUUGUCAUGUUAGGCUGUGCAGGAUAUGGAGUUUUUGUUUAUUCCCACAAAAGAAUUUCUGAGGCUACAGCAUCUUGCUCACGUCUGGAGGAAUCCAAGUCUUGGUGGAUGCCAAAGUCAAUGGCAUCUUUUAACUCAGGAAUGCAGAUUCUAAAGUGUCAGUUUCAAGUCGUAACCCGAAUGUUGGCUGGUGGUUUCAUGGUCCUUGCAAUUGCCUAUUUGCUUCUUCAGAGAUCCGCAACAUCAAAUCAAGCAAUGCCAGUCACUUUCAUCGUUUUGUUAUUAGCAGUUGCCUGCGGUUUUGCGGGAAAGCUAUGCAUCGACACAUUAGGGGGCAGUGGAAACCAUUGGCUAGUUUACUGGGAGGUUCUGUGCUCAUUGCACUUUCUUUCAAACCUUUGGACCUCAAUGUUGUUCGCUAUUCUUCACGGGCCGAUUAAUGUGUCAGAGGGAACCAAGAACAAUCCGCGUUUUCCAUAUUGGUUGAGAAGAUGUCUAUUCUAUAGUACUGUUUCUCUGUUUCUCCCAUUGUUAUGUGGAUUUUUACCUUUUGCAAGCCUUGAUGAAUGGAAAGACCACUUCUCUUCACUACUGAUGGAUAGUGAGGAUUGAUUUUGGACUGAUGACUUCUAUAUGCAGACUAGCUGCAGAGUGUAGUAAUGCUUGUUGUAUGUAUUUAUGUACCAUAGUCUACAUUACCAGGGUUCCAUUUUUCUGUGAAUCAUAGCCUUUUCUACAAUGAUGUUCAAGCAAUAGUUGGCUUGCAGAUGUCUGAUAAAUGGGCCCUAAUGUAAACUUAGUUCCUUAUUUGUAGCGUUAAAUUGCAUCAAUUUUCAGCCUUUUGUUUGCAACA